AUGACGUCUGACACUGAUUCUGAUCUUGACCUUGGUCAUACCGAACAUGAGAAAAAUGACGGAGUCCACAAAAAGUUCACACCAGGAAGAGGAAAGAAUGCGCUUCAAAAGAUCCUCAAGCUUGAGACUCAUAGUGAAUGGCUUGAGUGGCUAAGGAGUUCAUUAGUUGCCCCCUGGUGGAAAGAGCUGUACAGCGACUGUCUAUCCAAGCCAAAGUCAGGAAAACCCGUCAGAAUCUGUCGAAAAGUGGCUUUAGAGAAGCUGGCUCGGGGGGAGGCAAACGGACAAACGAGAUAUAGCGCGCGAUUUCCUGAGAAAGACGAAUGGGACCUUGCUGAUCAUCUAGCACGCUUUGUGUGUAUGGUUAAGACCGAGAAUCACAGGUCUAACCAGGGCGUUUUCUUCAGGAAAAACCUUCCCGAGUCAUUCAUGGAAGCCAUCGUCUGGGCUCUUCUGAGCUACUUGAGAAGCACUAAUGGAAACUCUGUAAUAGGCAAGCGCCCGCGUUAUCAGAAGUCCGAAGAAGACCCAUUAUUUUGCGUGGAUCUAGACGCAGACGAGCAGGAAUCGGAUCACCUAAGCACCGAAGAGCCUGAGCUGAUAGAUCUAACGAUAGAUAAGUGGCGCGAGGAGAUGCUUCAUCCAAGAGAGCGGAUUAUCUUGACCAGAUCGUCCCCAUGUUACAAUCCGCAGGAAAAGUACUGGCAGUUCCAACAUAUAUCCGAAGCCCUAAAGAGAGUUGAGACGUCGUCUGUGGAUGAACAGAUUGAAAAUCUAGGACAGCUAUCAAUCAACCUAAACACCGCUUGGGAACCUACUCUGGACCAUUCUGUUGAUGGCUUAUAUCCGUCAGUGAACAGCCAGACUGAUCAUUUUGACCCAAUGAAAAUUGAAAAGACGGCAGACCUAGAAGCAAGUAUGGCUGCAGAGAUUGACACGAGUGACUUUGAGUCCUCCAUGUUGAUCAUUCCAACGGAAGAAUCAUUGGAGCAAUUUGAACAGCAUCGAAAGAUGCUAGACAAUCCUGAAUAUCAGAUAGACAAUCACGAAGAGGCCUGUCAGAUUCUCAAAAUCGCAAAUCCCAGGGCACCACGAAUGAGAUCUAUGAACCGAUCAGCUGUUCUAAAGUUCUGGCAACCGGUUGCCAUAGCCCGUUUGCUUGAUAUUCGUGCAAAUACUAAGGUUCGAGGUGCUAUCCUGGGCGAUUCUGUGGGGCUAGGAAAGACGUGGGAGGCCAUUGCGUUAAUGCUCAAGAUAUGGGAAGAUUAUAACCAAUCUCUUAAAAAGGCAAUGAGUGAAAGAAAAGAACUCCCGCAAGGUAAACCAUUCCUGGUCGUCUUGCCUCCGUCACUCGUCAUGCAAUGGUGUGCAGAGAUCACUCGGGUUACAGGCAAGCUGCGAGUUGUGUUGUAUUAUGGCAACAGGGCAUCUAAAGAGGGCAUACAGCCACUGAAGACUAUACUGCAUAAGGAACAUGAGCUGUUUGAUGGUUCACCAAUCAAUGGUCGGACAGUGGUUAUUACUUCUUAUAAAACACUGAGCAACCGCCAUGGGCCCGCCGCUGUGAAGGCAUGGUGUAGAAAAACAGGUCUGGAUUAUACGAAGGAUAUACCAGGUUCCCUACCGAAGUUUCCGCAUCUCCUUGAAGGGUGCUUUUCAGAUGUGAUUAUUGAUGAGGGGCAUACACUUCGAAAUCCGGAUACCUCACAGUCCAUUGUGGUCUACUGGUUGAAGGCCAGCUUCUAUCUACUAUUGACUGCCACUCCUAUUUACAACUCUCGUGAAGACAUGCGUGGAUAUAUUCCACUACUGUUUCAUCCGCCUUCUCAAGCGGAUAAGGAUGUAUUAAAGAAGUUAGGGAGGGAUAUCUUCAAAUCCCCCCCUGGAAACCCUGCGAGGUACAUUUGCUGCACGAGGGAGGCAGUGGAAGAGUACAUCCUGGACAAAAAAGUGCCGCCAAUGGCGGCAGGCGAGCGCUUACGUGUUGUCUUUGGGCAAACAAUGGUUAGAAGAGCCUUAACGUCUCGUUUGCAGUCAUUCGGUUCAAGGAUGAUAGGCAGUGACAUACCACCAACGCAUCGCAGAGUCUGCACUGUGGUAUUCAGCCGAGAGGAACAAGAUAUGUAUGCUAGAGUUUCUGUUCCUCAUUUCGAUGGACUUUUCAUGAAGCAUCCAAAAGAUCCGACCAAAGUGGUUUGGAACAUGUCUAAACUCCGCAACCUUUGUCUUUUAACCUCAUGGCUAGGUUUCGAUUAUCUCAAGCAUACGCUCUACGCAACCAAGAUACCCAAUGCCUGCAGGAAGUUGGAAGAAGGGACUUUAGGGACAGUCUUCGCACGAACCAUAGUGAGGAAAUUGAAUCCUCAAUACCAAAAGUCUAUCUACCAGAGUAUCGAAUCGAUAGUCGAAACGCGGAGAACCUGGGUUCUCGAGUAUCUCCUAAAGGGUUCGCCCAAAAUGAGGGCUAUGCUUCCCGUCUUGCGUGAUCAGGUAAUUGUUCAUGGCGAAAAAGCAAUGGUUUGGACCCAGUUUCCUGCUGAGCAGAUCUAUGUUGCAGCCAUUCUCAAAGAAGCCAAUAUUGAUGCGGAGGUUUUCCAUGCUGCACUGACUCGUGAUGAGAGGAUGAAUCUCAUCGAGCGGUUUACACAGAAACACGAUGAAUGCAUGGUAUUGAUAUGUACGUAUAAUGUCAAUGCUGCUGGCAUUAAUCUACAAAAUCUCUGCCGCAACGUUCAUCUUCUCUCAGUGGGCUUGUCCAAGUCAAUCAUUAACCAGGCUAUUGGACGAGUAAGUCGACUCGGCCAGGAGCGUAUGACGUUCGUCUAUGAAUAUCGACUUGAGUCCUCCUUUGACCAAGACCUUGUUUCGCGCAGUGAAUGGAAAGCCCUUCCCAGUUUAGUCGCAGACCUUGGUGAGGGUUUCAUCUUCCCUUCAAUUUCGAAAGGUGGAAAAGGUCUACUCAACAGUUGGGUAGUACGAGAUGGAGAGUUGUAUCAACUUGCAUCUGGCGAGCCUGUGAGAAAGGGAGACAUUACGGAUAGUACGUUUGUUCUCCAAAGUUUAAUGAGGUCCAUGGAAGACACCAUUUAUCUGAACACUUCGGAUCCAGCCCAGCAGGCCGGCAAGUGCCGUCCAACCAAGCAGCCAGCCAUGUCUGUCUUGCAAGGGACAGUGAACGCACCUGUGACUACAUCCGCUGCGCAAUCUCUAAAUACAACGAUCCCGGCUGCCGCUACCUCUGCACUAUCCUCGUCCGCGCGCGAACUGCUCGCCGCCCCGUUCCGCCGUUUCUCCGCCCUCUCGUCUCAUGUCAACCGGCUAGUGGGGUUAUCGAGUAUGACAACAUAUUUGGGGGCCUCAGAAGUUGCAGGACCAGCAAGGGAUGCAGCGAUAGAAGCGACACAGACAGCAGCGGAUGCUGCCAGAGAAGGCAUCGUUGAAGCCGCCGCGCAGGCCGACUCGGGUUACCAUCUCACCGACAUCUUCCAGGCUGUUAUCAAGUUCAGUGGUUUCUUUUCCUACUUGACUAGUCGAUGGUCUUUGGCUUGCUUCACCGUGGCCCUUGUUCUAAACAGGAUCACCAUAUAUGCGUCUACCCGACGACACCUUCAUCUUGAUUGGAGCCGGCGACUAGCUUUACGAAUUAUACCGAUCCUUCUCUUUAUAUCUCAAAUCCAUUCACUACUCCGCGCGAUCCGUUGCCAGACGUCGACCGAUUACUCGCUCAUUCGGUACGGCACUCCCGGGAAACGUUUGUUAUUUGAUCAUGCUGGUGGUGGAGGGUUUCUGUAUUCGCUCAGCUCCACGCUUUUGUCAUGGGAGACGGAUGAGCAGUCUUGCAGUGCAAUGAACAUGGCCCGGCCCGCUAGUUCCUCGGAUAUCUCCUAUGGAUCGUUUGUGCUUCUCUGGCCGGUGUUCCUCCGGCUGUGCCUCAGUCACUUUGUAGAAACACUUUCGUGCGCGCUACAGGGAAGACCAGUGGUUACGGAGGCUGGUAUGUCUAUUUUCGAGCACUCUCUUGCAUUUGCCGAGGCGGAGUCUACAAUCAGCCAAACUCUUGGGCUAGGACUGUUUGGUCUACCCAAACAAAGUGCUAGCAAAGAUGACUUGGGAGAAAGUGCCCAAUCCACCCUUCAUCUACUGAGUAGGGCUCAAGUUCUCGAGCGGAUGAAUGUGACCCCAGAGUUACUUCUGAUCGCUUUGAUAUCAUGUUGCAAUAGCCUCACCUCGAACGUCCUAGAUGUGCUUGGUAAACAGAGCCGGUACCGAUUAUUCAAUACGGCAUUCUGGGGCCUUUGCUUCAUGUCUACCAUGGCAUGGGGCUUGCUGAAAGGCUCGUCUGUGGGAAGCGAGAACGUGGUCCUGAAAUUUCCCACAGUUUGCAUCGUGGGAUUCGUACCACAUCUGCUAAUCCUAUCGGGCAUUAUCACAUGUGCUGUGAUCUAUAUGCUUGCUCUCCUCGUCACAGCUUUUUCCCUUCCUGCCGAUACUCCUCAGCCAUUAUCGCUUCGAGAGAGAUUCACGUUGGCCCAUGAGAAUAUGCAAGGUGCUACCCAGUUUCACAAUAUUCGAUUUAAUAGACACGAAGACUUUUAUACCACUCUGUUGAGAAUUGGAUACACCGCCCUGACUGCAGCCAGUGAGGCGGUGUUUCUGAACGAAGGUAAAGGAGUUGUUGCUCGGAGUAUGACAUGGCUAGAAGAAGAUAGGUUGGCGGAGAUCGAAUCAUCACGAGAAAAGCGAUCUUUACGGGACCCUGUCAGCCAUACGAGCGAUGUUCCUUUUGGCGGUGGUGAAUCUGUGGACUUUGAUCUACCAGAAGCGCCUUCCGAUUGGGAAAGCGGAUAUGGCCGGGAGAAGAAGAUCGAGAAGCCCAAGAACGGAUCCAGAUCCCUUCGAACUCAGACAGAUCCAGGUGGUGUUGGGGCUUUCCGAGGCAUGGUCCGGUGCUACCACGGCUUUGCUUUCUUUCGUGGAAUUUCCUAUCUCCUCCUUAGAUGGACUGCUUUUGGCUUGGACAAGCUGUUGAGCAAGGUGGGAAUUAGUGCCCGGCCACAAUGGCUGAAAACAAUAGUAAGACCACGUAAGAGUCGACCUCAGGGGCAGAAGGCCAAAGAAGCGGCGUCCCUCGAUUUCUGGAUCUUGACAGAUACUGGCGAGUUGGUGCUACCCGCGGACUACGAAUUCGACGUAGAAACAGAAAUGAGGAAGCGGGAACUAUCAGGCGCAACGCUUUGGGAACAGUCGGAUGAGCAGCGACUUGAUGACAAGCUUUAUGGCUGGUGGAAGGCUGGGGGCUCAUGGGGUGACCGGGACUUGAGCUCAGACUACUCACCUCCCGAAAACGACAAUGACGACACGACCAGUGUCGUCUCCAUGUCCACGACCGCAGACUCUGAGUGGGAGGAUGAAUCGGACGGUCGUCGUACACCCACCCGCGAUAAUCCUUUCCCUUCGGGCUUCUCCCGCGAAAGCACUACCGUACAAGAAUCAAUGAUGGAUAUUGGCUCUUUCGCGCGCUUGCUCGAUCCGCGUGAUCAGGAAAGCAGACAGGAGGCACGCAUCCUAGCUGCCCAUCUCGCUGCCGGUCAAGAAGGUCGGAUACUGACUCGACGUCGCUUUCAACAACAGAUGGAGCAUGAAAGGGCACAGGUAUUAUUGUCAUCUCGAAUGUCGCGGGAAAUAAGACCCGAGAAACGAAAGCCUACCAUGGAAGAGGAGAGCGAGAUACUUGAGAAACUUAUCCUCUCCCGACGCUCAAGCGCAUCCGUCCGUGCUGACGAGCAGUCAUGGGAAUCUGGUGCUUCGGGAUUGGGGCCAAGCGGGCCACCAUGUGUUAUCUGUCAGACAAACCCACGUUCAGUCAUUACAUGGCCAUGCCGAUGUCUCUGCGUUUGCGAAGAGUGUAGGGUGAGCCUCGCAAUGAACAAUUUUGGGAGCUGUGUGACUUGCCGCCAGGACGUUGGAGGAUUCGUGCGGCUAUGGGUACCAUAG